AUGCAUAUCGACUCUCUGCUGCCAGAAUUUGUCUUGGACAGGGUGCUCCGCGAAGAUUCCAGCUACAAGUCCAUCACGCUCCUUGGAAAGAUCAAGGACCAGUACUGCAUUAUUGUUGCAGAAAAGACGGCUUUCGAUACCAAUGCACUCUCGGCCAUCUCACAGCCAGAAGCUAUAAACUUGGAUCUAGAGAAUAACAUCUAUCAUCGUGCCUUUGUAGCUCUCAAGUCUGAUGCUUUCAAGCUACCUUCCGCAAAGUACAGCAUCAUUUAUCCAGCAACGGAAGUCCAUAUUGCAAAGUACACUGCCCAGAAGAAGCGCAUGAUUGCAGAGACGCCAGAAUUAUACACCAACGUCGUGCAGCCAUACAUACAGACAAUGCUGGGUUCUCGCAUUGACUGGGUCUUCAACAUCCUCAAACACGAAGCUGAGGUUGAUCGCAUUCUGUUUGAAGACACUGAUCCUGUUCAGGGGUUCAUUCUGUUGCCAGACUUGAAAUGGGAUGGCAAGACACUAAGUGCACUAUAUAUGUGCGCCAUCGUGCAUCGUCGAGACUUGCAGAGUCUGCGGGACUUGCGAGGUGAGCACAUUGGCUUUCUACAACAUCUCAAGGAAGAGAGUCAGGCUGCAGUCAAGGCCAAGUACGGCCUCGAGGCUAGUCAGCUGCGACUUUACAUUCAUUAUCAACCCAGCUACUAUCACUUGCAUAUCCAUGUGCAGAGCAGUGAUGCAGAGGCUGGCGAAGGCCUUGCAGCUGGAAAGGCCUGGUUGCUCGAUGAUGACAUUGCAUUAUACAUUGGGUGA